UUGGCACUCUGCAUUCCUCAAAGUUCACGUUCCUUACCUCUUCUCCUCCUACCUCACACCCACCACCGCAAGAUCACAAACUUCAAACCUGAAAAAAGGACCGAAAACGCAAGAGACAUGAGAAUCCUCGCAGACACAACGUACGCGCCCCUAUCAGUGGCGACGGUCUCGACGCCGCCUGCAGUGCCGAUGGCGAUGCAGCGGUCACCGUGGCACUCCCCUGUGCCGUACCUGUUCGGGGGUCUGGCGGCGAUGCUGGGGCUCAUAGGGUUCGCUCUCUUGAUCCUGGCCUGCUCCUACUGGAGGCUAUCGGGCAGUUCGAGCAGCGCCCAGGGAGACGAAGAGAACGGGGGCGAAGCAAAGACGGUCGACGGGGAAGGGUACAGCAAGGCCGUGAAGGUGUACGAGGAGAAGAUAGUGGUGAUCAUGGCCGGUGACGAGAAGCCCAGAUUCCUCGCCACGCCCGUGUGCAGCAGAGGCCCUUCGUUUGGCGAUUCCCAAGGGAAGAGUAAAGGCGAUGGCGAGAGCUUCGAUGCGAAGAAGGACGAGGAUGAGAACAUCGACAAGACUACGGAGGCUAACAACGUUAACAUUAAUGACGUUGGUGGCCAUGUUGUUCAUGGUCAUAACUCUGCAGCCGAUGAAGAAAACAGAGGAGAAGCAGCAGAAGAUCAAACCCAGCAACAGAAUUAGCGAGGAGUCUCUGAUGGCUUCUGAGGAGAGCGAGAAAAACCAAGUUUUGAAGCUUCUUUUUGUUUUCCGCUUUUCUUCCCUUUUUAUGGCUAGUCGGGAAAUGUAAAUGUAAAUCUUUUUUGGAGAGGAAUUGAGAUGAGAAUGAGUUCUCUUCAUUUCCAGAUAA